AUGACGAUCGAUCAUUUACUUUUUGUUUACUUAUGUAUAGCGGUAUCAAUUAUACAUACAAGUCAUUUUCGUGGCGGAACGAUUACAUGGCGUGCUUAUAAUAAGACUCCAUCAGGUUCCACAGCUUUUAUCAUUGUACGUGAACAAUGGUCAUGGCGCAACAGCUAUUUCGCACCUGGUUGUAAUGCGGCUACUAUUGCUGCUAAAUCUCCUAUGAUUGGCAGUUCAGGAAAUCUGGCUUGUGUGAUUAGUAGUUGUGGCUAUUUCCCCAAUAUGAGUUUAUGGACAUGUUGCACUGACUUUAGUGCACUGGCGGAUAUUUCUACCGGGGAGGAUUCUCGAAUAUUAAGCAUACCGCUGAAUGUUUCAUUUAGUAUUGCUCAGACUGGUAGUAACACCUGGUCCCCUAAUCUUGUCUCUGGAAGUACAGGAGCGGUGAAUGUUGUCAGUCGAAUUAGCACCGUGCUUCGCCCAGAUGGUUAUAUUAAUAGCAGUCCCGUCACUACGGUUAUUCCGGUUAUUUACAAAAUUAUAAAUGUUCAACACGUAUAUGUUGUUCCAGUCGUGGACUAUGAUUUAACUGAUUUAAUAAGAUGCCGCUGGGCAACAAGUUCGCUGACUAAUAUUAAUGGAUUUAGUGAAUGCGGUGGUGUGUGUAAUGGUGUGCCUGGUGCUUCUCUCAUUGAAAACAAUUGUACAAUUAUAUUUAAUCUUACAAUGGCUAAUACGUAUGCAGCAGUGUUAUUACAAGUUGAAGAUUAUUUCGAUAGUUUGUCAACGGUGCCGAUGAGUUCGACUCCUCUUCAGUUUUUAUUCUAUGGCUAUUCUCCAUCAAGCAAUUGUACUUCACCACCAGUCAUUAUUAACGGCCGGCCAGAUCGAUCUUGCAUUAGUGCACUUAUUGGAGUGUCUCUUACUGUAAAUGUUACGGCACAAGUGUCUUGUCCCGGAAAGAGUAUAGUUGAAUUUUUUACUAGCUCUCCAGUUGGACUUCAGAAGAGUAGUAUUCUCAAUGUGGCAAUUAAUGUAUACCAAAUCAAUGUAAACUGGAUUCCUACUAGUAAUCAAUCGGGCCCACAAGUUUUCUGUGCUUCUGCCAUAGAUAACACCAAUGUUUUCUCUAAUCAAUGGUGUAUCACGUUUCUGGUUGACUCCGUUGCACCUGUGAUCAUACGACCCACGCCUACACCACCUGUCUUCAUUUUCCGGGAUCAAACUCUUUUCUCUUUACAAACGACACAAAAGUCCUACCGGCCCAGACGCUCCGGUGUUAAUAUUUAUUUUAACGACGCUAAUACAAGUACAAUUGUUCGAACGAUUGAUUGUAGUCGGGCACCAGAAGUGAUUUACGAGAAUACUACCAUCUUCAUUAAUUUUACUGCUUCGCCAUGGAUUUCUGGACACCUAUAUUAUGUUACGAUGGAUUCUGGUGUUGCCUCCGGAGAAGAUUUUUGUGUCCGAUCACUGAUCCAAUAUUUUGGUCAUUUUAUGUUCUGGAUCCAACCUCGACAACUUCGACAAGUACCUCAAGCACUACCAGCACCUCGUCAUCUACCAGUACCACCACGACUACAUCAACGUCUUCUACCAGUACUACGAGCACCUCGUCAUCCUCCAGUACCUCAACAAGUACCACAUCAUCCUCCAGUAGCACCACGUCAUCCUCAAGUACUUCAACAAGUACCACAUCAUCCUCCAGUAGUACUACAUCAUCAUCUAGUACCUCCACAAGUACUACCUCGUCCUCCAGUAGCACCACGUCAUCCUCCAGUACCUCCACAAGUACUACAUCAUCUUCUAGCAGUACUACGAGUACCUCAACGAGCAAAACAACAACUGUUACGAGUAGCGUCGUGUCAUGUUUUAUUCCACGACGAAAGUCUGUAUGUUGACUCACUCAUUGAAUUUGCAUGUAAUAGUUCUUUAUCUAUCACUGCCCAAUGGACAAUUACAAGUUGUAGUUUGAACUGCACAAAUCCAAUACAAUUGGAUUCGUCAAUCGAAACAACAUUAACUGAUUUACAUAUUCCAGAACGGACGCUACCAUACGGAACAUAUGAAUUAAAACUGAUCAUUACUACACUUAAUUUCUCCAGUGUGACGAUGAUAUCAUCCGUGUAUGUACGAAUGAUUCAAUCAGAAAUUGAAGCAAAUCUAAUUGAAUACGGCACAUCAAUGAUCACACAUGCAAGAGGAGAAAAUUUGGAAUUGAAUCCUGGUCGAUUUUCGGUUAAUCCCGAUGAAAACACUUUUAAUUUUACGGAUUGGACUUAUGAAUAUUAUUGUCGAAUCUACGGUUUCAGUGAUUUUCCAAGUCUAAAUGGCUCGCUUUUAACUAUUGAUGAUAUGAGAAAUGAUGUAUCAAAUGCUUCAUGUUUAGCAAAUCGUGGAAAUCUUCUUUUCAACGAUUCCAUCAAAUCAUCCAUCGUUAUUCGAUCGAAUUCCUUAGAAUUAAAUCAGACAUACCAAUUUAUGAUUCGAAUGAGAAAUCAUCAGAAUCCAUCUCUUCAGACAACUGGCUAUUUACUUGUCACAGUCGAUGACACUCGCCCAUAUACAGUUCUAAUUGGGUGUGUUAUUCGAACGAUAUGUUCACGCGAAGUUGAAUUUCAACUUGUUAAUCCAACAACUCAAGUCGCUCUAUUUUCUGUGUGCAAUGGCAACUGCAUGACAUUGCAACAGAUUACCUGGAAUGUUUAUUAUGGCGAAAGGAACUCGUCUUCGAACGUCACUCAAUGGAUUUUGUUCAACGAAACAAGCGUUUGGUUUUUCGGGCAAAAUACAAGUAAUUUCACAGCAACCAAUGGUUUAUUCCUAACGCAUCCUCAAGUUGCUUUGUGGCGAUUUGAAACUGUUUAUUCAUCUGUGAAUGACACAACUUCAAGUUCGUUAAUUUUCCGCAUUAAUCAGCCACCCGACAAUGGAUUUUGUUCCAUCGAUCCUCUCAAUGGUACAAUCAAUUCAAUAUUCACUGUUUCUUGCUCACAAUGGUUCGACAGCGACGAUAUUCGAGAUUAUGCCCUUUAUGUAUGGACAAAUAACUCGGAGAAAAUCAUAGUCGCAUUUUCAUCUGACUCGAUAUUUCAAGUUCGAUUACCGGCAAUUGAUAAUCAAACAUCAAUACUUCGCUUAUCCGUUCACAUUCGAGAUAGAUUUUAUUGUACAACUGAAUACUUUUUAACCGAAGUUCAAGUUCGUACGGAUUCAAUGGUAAUUUCGAAUCUCAUUUCUCAAUUGCAAAAUUCAUCGACUGAAAUCACCACAAACCCGAUUGUUCGGUUACUUGCAAGUGAAAAUCAAAAUAUUGUUGGACAAGUGAUCAUUUCACUUUCACAAGAUUUCAAUAAAGUCAAUAAAGAUCUGAUUGGCAAUGUCUUUUCGAUUAAGAACAAUGUGUGCUCAACAUUUCCAACCAAUUUGACAUCCCUCACAGGUGCCUCCAUCGGCACUUUGUUACGACAACAACACUUGGUGUUAAAGAUUGAGCAGCAGUUAGCAGCUUCGGCCUUGUCACUCAUCGAUAUUACCAACACUAAUACUAAGAGCACCGCCAAUGUCGUUGCAGAAAAUCGUUUCAUGUUUCUACAAUAA